UCCAUGACAGCAUUUUUCUCAGUUCUAAACAAACGCUGAGGUGUCGUUGUGUAUGGCGCCAUAUUAAUCAUGACCUUAUUUUCAAUCUCUUCUUUGCUAUCUUACUUCGAAGAUGAAAAGAAAUCUAUCGCAAAAGGGGAGAACCACGUCAAAUCUGAUCAUAUAGAAUGUUUUAUGUAUAAUCAAGGCAUUCUUAGAGGCAAAGUUCACGCUAGUAUGAGAUCAAAAGUCUACGAGGUUACGAUAUACGUAGAUAGUAACUUGAAUAUCAAGUCGACAGAGUGUGAAUGUCCUAAGGGCGCUUUCAAGUGCAGUCAUGCCGCAGCUGUGUUCAUUUACGCCAUACAUCAUGUUAGUCGUACGGACAUCGAAUGUCGAUGGAACAAGCCAAAAAAGCCAACUUGCCCUGCAGUUCGGGACGUCACUGAGAUGUUUCCUCCUCCGAAACAGUACUGUGCUCUAUCGAGAGAACCUACGCAAGCAGAUCGUUCAUCCAUUUACCGAUCGUUAUGUAAAUAUGGAAAGUUCACAGGACUAUGGUGGAUUCUGAGCCCUGAACCUGAACCGGUGACGUUACCAAUGCUUACAAUCGAAGAAAUAAUUUAUUCUGAUGGCUUCCUUCAAGCCCAUGGAAAGGAAGAUCAGCUCUCUUUUUUUAAGGAAAAAUGCAAAAUUCAAAGUAGUACUAUACAAGAAAUAGCAAAACUCACAGUGGGUCAAAGAGAGAAUCCAGCAUGGUCAAUGCUUAGAAAGGGAAGACUCACAGCUAGUAAUUUUGGUCCUGUCUUAGCAGCCAAGAGAGUUUCACAAUCACUCUUGAAAAGACUCAUGGGCGAGUAUGAUUUAUCUGGAGUCAAAGCCAUCACAUGGGGAGUCAACAAUGAAAAAGAAGCUGUGAAUGCAUUUGAGAUGUCAAAUUGUUUAAAAGUUGAACCAACAGGAAUUUGGUUUGAAGAGUCAGGUAUUCUUGGUGCCACACCUGAUGGUCUAGUUGAUCAAAAAGGUAUUUUGGAAGUAAAAUGCCCAUAUACCUUUAGGAAUUCAACCAUAGAGGAAGUUAUAGAAUCAGAAUCAUUCUAUUUGGAGAAGCGAAAGGACAAAAUUGAGCUUAAGAGGGAUCACAAGUCUGGGUAUUGGCAUCAAAUUCAAGGACAGCUCCAUCUCACAAACAGAAUGUAUUGUUAUUUUGUUGUGUGGACUGUCAAGGGCCACGUAACUUUGGUCAUUCAUAGAGACGAGGAAUGGAAACCUAAUCUUGAUAUUCUAAGAAACUUUUAUUUCCAUCAUUACUACCCUAAAAUGAUUGAGGGGGAAUUAUUAUAAGUGUGAAUACAUAAGAGGAGACAUAUACACUUGUACUCUUUAUAUUUAUUCUACCUUAUGUGGAAAUGAGAAAUUAAAAAAUAA